AUGUCACCAAGCGACGCUCAGGCCGGCCUUAAGAACUUCAGCUCCAUUGACUUGGAGUUCGCUGGCGAGCCCGAAGUUCAGGUUGCCCAGUCUGGCCUCAAGCUGGAAGGCGCCAAUGAGACUCUAGACAGCAUCACCGCCGCUCACGACAUGGCGGAUGCAGCCCAUUUUGGGGAUUUUCAGUUCUCGUACCAGGAUUCUCUCCAAGACUCGCCCAUGAAUGGCUUGCCGCAUAACUUCGACGACCACGGCCCAGAUGUCUUCACGACGCCACAGGCAAAUUCGGUAUCACCUAUGCAAGACCGACAAGACUCCGUAGCUUCCAUCACCGUUCACACAUCUGCCUACGGCGGCGGCAACGGGCAACGGCCCAGCCCGGACGACUCCGAUAAUAGCACGCCAGACAGCAACACGAAUGGAUCCAACUUGUUGGACGAGCCCUUGUCCGACGAGUUCGGGCUCGCGACGGGCGGACUUGCCGAUGGGACAGAUUUGGGUGGGAAGAAAGGGGAGAAGUCAGACACCGCGCCAGCUUGGAGCGAGCUGAAAACAAAGGCAGGAAAGGAGCGUAAACGGUUGCCGCUGGCUUGCAUUGCAUGUCGUCGCAAGAAGAUUCGCUGCUCAGGGGAGAAGCCUGCCUGCAAGCACUGUCUACGUUCGCGCAUACCGUGCGUGUACAAAGUCACAGCACGCAAGGCGGCCCCACGGACAGACUACAUGGCCAUGCUGGAUAAGCGGUUGAAGCGCAUGGAAGAGCGCAUCAUCAAGGUCGUACCGAAGGCAGAGCAAGAUAACGCAUCGCUCCUCGGUUACCCGGGCCGUGGUGAAGCCUGCAAUUCCGGGGACUUUACCUGGUGGUGGAAAAGCUGCGAAGAAACGCGGGGUUGA